AUGUGUUACCAAACACCGGCCUAUUUGGUCAUCUUCCUCUUUCGAGUUUCGACGCUCACUCCCACAUCUCGCACUUCCUCUACCCGCUUAUCCUUCUCAGUCUCCAGCCCAGAACUCGUACGAUUCCAUAGAUCGUCAUCUGCCAAAAGCUUCGCGACAAUGUCUUGGCCUACGGACUCUGAGAGAUCGUUCAUUUUCCAGUUAAAUGCCAUAAAGGAGGCAGUGGCCAAGAUGACUGGAAGAGAUACAGGGGAAGUCCAGUUGCGUUCUGCACAAUUUGAAGGAGAAGUAUGUUUCAGAGUAGAUGAAAUCCAGCACCCAAUAGGAAAUAACAAGAAUGGUGAAUCGAAGGAAAAAAGCAUCUGGGGCACUUAUGCUAGAGGAGCGCUCUAUGCGUUACAGAUCAGCAAAAAGAAUCUCAAACAGGGCAUUGUUGGUUACAUCAGCGGCUCGGAUGGACUAGAUAGUUCUGGGCUUAGCUCAUCAGCUGCUGUUGGUGUGGCAUACCUGCUAGCUUUAGAGAAUGCAAACGAAUUGAGUGUAUCCCCAACAGAAAAUAUUGAAUAUGACAGACUUAUUGAGAAUGGGUAUCUGGGACUGCGGAAUGGAAUAUUGGAUCAAUCAGCUAUUUUGCUUUCGAGUUAUGGGUGUCUAACAUACAUGGAUUGCAAGACUAUGGACCACAAGCUCGUACAGGGUCCCGAACUAGAGAAACCGUUCAGGAUACUGUUAGCAUUCUCAGGCUUGAAGCAGGCAUUGACCACCAACCCAGGAUAUAAUCUGCGAGUUGCUGAGUGUCAAGAGGCUGCGAAAGUUCUUUUGACUGCAUCUGGGAACAGCAAGCUGGAACCUACCCUGUGCAAUGGACUAAAAGCCUGGGCUUCAGGCAAUCUUGAAGAAUUUGGAAAGCUCAUAUCAGCGUCGGGAUUGAGUUCUAUCGAGAAUUACGAAUGCGGUGCGGAGCCACUGAUUCAGCUAUACAAGAUACUUCUGAAGGCACCUGGUGUAUAUGGAGCUCGGUUCAGUGGUGCGGGUUUCAGGGGAUGUUGUGUCGCCUUUGUAGAUGCAGAAAAGGCAGAGGAAGCUGCUUCAUAUGUGAAGGGUGAAUAUGAAAAGGCCCAACCUGAAUUUGCCAAGAAACUGAGUUGCGCAAAACCUGUUCUCAUCUGUGAAGCUGGUGAUUCUGCUCGCGUUCUCUGA